UCACGAUCCAGCCAGCCUUUUUACCGUGUUUCUCACAUCUAUUACUGACGACCUGAGACCCACAGACUUACCUGCAUGCAGAUGGCCGAUCAGACCUUGACCAUCCACGGAGUAAAGGCGCCAGAUCGAACGAAAGAUUUGUGCCCAAGUAUAUACAUCGUUUCCCGAGAUGGGUACGACCUUAUGGCGGCGAACCAUUUUUAUAUCCGCUAGCUGGAAGAAUUACUCAAGGAGUUCCUUGAUGCUCCAGCGGGUUUCUCUACCGCCGACACUCACUUGCAUAUGCCUCCCGACCUGGGUAUUAUAUCUGGCCUCGCAUCUCGCAGGAGGAACACGAGACUACCCAGGAUUCCUUUGGUUUUUCCAAGCUUGGGAUGGUCUUCCAGCGCCCAUGUCUUCUUCGAAGUCAGUGUCACGCCCAUUCGCGAUUUCCAUACAGCCUGACAGCAUCGAGGGGCCAGGGUUCCUGUACUUCUGGUCUCUCACGUCUGUGUCUUGUGUACACACCUCCGCGGAUGUUAGCGAGCGUCCAGGAUCUCGUCGUUAAUCCCGUUCAUUACGGUACCAUUAGUUUCUUCAAGACUGAUAUGGACCGUUUAGCUUAAGAAUACUACCGUCACCCCCGAUAUUGAAAUCUACCGAGAAGGAUACCCAUCGCCGGCCUCCCCAUUCGAGAUUCUCGCGGUUUAUUUUUUUCUGUGUCGGUGGUCCCAUCGUGGACGCUCAUGUUGGAGCGCCG